AGGGCUAAUAAAGUGUUUAUGUUCUGUUCAGGCCUGAACACUGAAGGUUUGUACCGUGUGAGCGGCAACAAGUCGGAGAUGGAGAGCAUGCAGAAGCAGUUUGAGCAGGACCAUGGAUUGGACCUGGUGGAGAAGGACUUCGCCAUAAACACUGUGGCUGGAGCUCUCAAGAGCUUCUUCUCAGAGCUGCCUGAGCCCCUGGUGCCUUGUGCUCUGCAGGUGGAGCUAUUGGACGCUUUCAAAAUCAUGGACAGGGAGCAGAGGCUGUACGCCAUGAAGGACGUCCUGAGGAAGUUCCCCAGAGAAAACUACGAUGUCUUCAGAUACGUAGUGAGCCACUUGAACAGGGUGAGCCAGCUGAGCCGGGUGAACUUGAUGACCAGCGAUAACCUGUCCAUCUGUUUCUGGCCCACCCUCAUGAGGCCUGACUUCACCACCAUGGACGCCCUGACCGCCACGCGCACCUACCAGACAAUCAUCGAGACCUUCAUCCACCAGUGCGCGUUCUUCUUCUACAACCAGCCCCUCAUCGACUCCCCGACAGGCCUGGGCGGCCUCCCCGCCUCGCCCACCACCACACUGGGCGGGAGCUCCGCCUACUCCUGCUACCGCUCCUCCCCCCCACACACCGCCGCACAUUUUAGCCCCCUGCAACAGCAGUCUCCGCCCACCACCCCGCAGUCGCCCCUGCAGUCCCUGCUGCCCCCGCUUCACCAGCACCCCCACGCCCACCACCCCCCUGCCGAGCAAGAGACACUGUGAGAGAGACGCCACGGCCGUGCGCCCUCGCCAAUGCUGGACCUGAAUGCCGAGACGCAUUCGAACGCCAGAGAUUAAAAAAAAA